GAAAAAAAAAACAAGUUUUUAAAGAGACUCCAACUCUUGUAAGCUGCUGAGAUUCUGUGAUUUCCGGUUUCCUCACCAGUGCCGUUUCUCCACCUCUGCAGCUGCAAUCAAGAUGGCUUUAUCAACUAUUCGGACGGUUAAUCAUCUUCUAAAGCCUUUCACCGCCGCCACCCGCCGCCUAUCGUCGGACUCCAACGCCACCAUCAAUGUGGAAAUCAGCAAACCGUACACCGCUCACAACAUUGAUCCUCCCUCAUCAAUCGUCGAAACCACCCCUAAUGAACUCAUGACUUUCUUCUCAGACAUGGCGGAGAUGCGGCGUAUGGAGAUCGCUGCAGAUUCGCUCUACAAAGCGAAACUAAUCCGCGGAUUCUGUCAUCUCUAUGACGGACAAGAAGCGGUUGCAAUAGGCAUGGAAGCUGCAAUUACAAAAAAGGAUUGUAUCAUUACGGCUUAUAGAGAUCACUGUAUAUUCCUUGCACGUGGUGGAGGGUUAGUUGAGUCGUUUGCGGAGCUAAUGGGGAGAAAAGAUGGUUGUUCCAAAGGGAAAGGAGGUUCGAUGCAUUUCUACAAGAAGGAUAGUGGAUUUUAUGGAGGACAUGGAAUUGUAGGUGCUCAAGUUCCUCUAGGUAUUGGAAUUUCUUUUGCGCAGAAAUAUAACAAAGAGGACCAUGUUACUUUUGCUAUGUAUGGUGAUGGUGCUGCUAAUCAAGGACAGUUGUUUGAGGCUUUGAAUAUGGCUGCUCUAUGGGAUUUGCCUGCUAUUCUAGUCUGCGAGAAUAAUCACUAUGGAAUGGGGACAGCAGAAUGGAGGGCUGCAAAGAGUCCAGCCUAUUACAAAAGAGGGGAUUAUGUUCCUGGUUUAAAGGUCGAUGGUAUGGAUGCCCUUGCUGUAAAACAAGCAUGCAAAUUUGCCAAGGAUCAUGUCCUCACGAAAGGACCAAUUAUUCUUGAAAUGGACACCUACAGGUACCAUGGUCACUCAAUGUCUGAUCCUGGAAGCACCUACCGUACGCGUGACGAGAUUAGUGGUGUUCGAGGGGAACGUGAUCCUGUUGAAAGAAUUAGGAAUCUCAUCUUAGACCAUAAUAUAGCCACUGAGCAGGAGCUGAAGGAUAUCGAGAAAGGAAAGAGGAAAGUGGUUGAUGAAGCCAUUGCUAAAGCAAAGGAGAUCCCCAUGCCUGAUCCUUCUGAUCUGUUUACUAAUGUAUAUGUGAAAGGGUUUGGAGUUGAGGUCUUUGGAGCAGAUAGGAAAGAACUCAGAUCCACACUACCAUGAGACGAACAAUAUGGUUGCAAUUUUGAUUAUAUUUUGCUUGGAUGCUGGAGAGAGG